UCCGGCCCGCCGCUGGGCGGGAGGAGCCGCCCCUGCGCCUCGCCGGCUCUCGCAGUAUUUGCCGGUUACCUGCAAAUCGCAGACCGCCGAGUCCUGAAAGCCCGAGCGCUCCUUAACAACGCGUAAAUAAUGGAGGACAGACGGGAUGAAUGAGCACAGCGGGCGGAGAGAGGGCUGAGCCUCACCCCUGACGGAUCGGGGCGCCGAAGAGGAAGGGGGAAAAAACAGGAGGGUGCUGGAGAAAUGGAAGAUACCUGGAGAGAAAGACACUGUAUGCAGCCUGUCCCUGUCUGUGCUUACACUUAAUGGCAAUUAACCCUUCUUCAGGUUUUCUCAAGUUGAGGAAGUAGCAGGGCAUUUGGUUGGUACCUGACCCCAAAACGUAUGCUCUACCUUGAGAAGAGCUGAUGUGGGAGACAUUUACCUUCACAUGCUCCACAGUUCUCUGUAUCAGAAGAAUAAGACUCUGUGUGUAAGAGUGGUUCAAGAUGAUCAUGUAACAUUGCUAACACUGAAGGUCUCCUGAGAAGAACUGGCUUUGUAAGAGGCUUCUCCUUUCCUAACCUUUUUUUUUUUUAACUACUACUCUCAGAAACUACAAGCAAGAUGCCAGCCAAGACACCUAUAUACUUGAAAGCUGCUAACAAUAAGAAAGGGAAGAAAUUCAAACUAAGGGAUGUUUUAUCUCCUGAUAUGAUCAGUCCUCCACUUGGAGAUUUUCGUCACACCAUACACAUUGGAAAAGAGGGACAGCAUGAUGUUUUUGGAGACAUCUCAUUUUUACAGGGCAACUAUGAGCUGUUGCCUGGAAAUGAAGGUGAAACCAGAGUUAGCCAGUCUGGUAUCCACAACGAAUUCUUAAGGGCAAACAGCACUUCUGAAUCCAUGUUUAUAGAAACUCCAUCACCAGUGCUCAAAAAUGCUAUUUCCCUUCCUGCUAUUGGGGGGUCUCAAGCCCUUACAUUGCCUUUAUUGUCACCAGUGACAUUUAAUUCAAAGCAAGAAUCCAUCAGGUCAUCCAGAAAUCCUAGGCUUAGCUGUGAGCCAGUAAUAGAAGAAAAACUGCAGGAGAAAGAUAAAGAUAUGGAGGAUGAAGAAACAUACAAAGAUGACAUAUGGGAGCAAAAUGGUUCUUCUUCACAUUCUACUAACAGUAGUGACAGUCACUCAUCCAGCUUUUCUGAACGAUGCACUGACUGGCAAACAAUUGAUUUACUAGACGACAGUCAGCUUUCAUGUGAACUAACCAAGACAAAGACUAAGUCAGAAGAAUCCCUUUCAGAUCUUGCAGGCUCUCUUCUCUCAUUACAACUUGACUUGGGGCCCUCACUUUUGGAUGAGGUCCUCAAUGUAAUGGACAAGAAUAAAUCUUAGAACUGGUACUGCCUUGCUUCUUUUUAAGUGAUUCACUUAAAAACAAACAAAAGACCACAGUUCAAAAGCAGAUGCUUAAGAGUCAAAUGUAUUUGCCGUUGUAUGAUGAAUUUUCUAAAAAUAUUCUUAAAAUACUAUUUUUUUACCUGUUGUUUUUCAUGAUUUUUAUUAUACUAAAUUCUCAUAUCAGGAAGGUAAACUUUAAUAAUCAGUUUCAGCAAAUAUAAAAUGUUUUUAAGUACCAGUAUUAAUGAUCAGAAACUUAAGAAACAGUGUUUGAGGAUUAUACUGAUUGUAACAUUUGCUUAGUUCACUUCUACAGGCUUCUGAAUAUGUGAGAAUCUCAUGUCAGAAAGGAGACUGAUGCCAAUUAUUCACUUAUAUAAAUUAUUACAAUAUCACUUUAUAUGUAGGCCUCUUCCUAGAACCUUGUGUUUAAGGGUUUAUAAUGUUUUUCUUCAUUUUCUGUAGUACCAUUUCUGUUAUAAAUUCACCAUAACUACUUUCUCAGUCUUAUACUACCACUCUGAAUUCAGAUGUGAACAGUUUGAAGGCUUUUUCAGCUUGAAUAACCUGGUCGAGAAUCUCAGCUGCUUUAAAUGAAUAUGCACGAAUUUACACACGUUGAGGCUUGGGCCUGACAUUGUAUAUGAAAUGUUGUGUUGUAAACAGGUGACACAUGCAAGAUAUUAUGGUUAAAUUAUUUUAAAAGUUGAUAUCUAUUUUCUGUGUGCAUAUUGGCUUUUUACUGCAGAGCCUACACAUACAGUAUCUAAUCAAAAUACUUGCUUGGCAUUAUUGGUGCUCUUCUGAAAAUUGUAUAUUUGUGUGUUUGAAGAGAAAUAUGUAUUAAUAGCCCUUGCUUUUUUGUUCAUUUAUUUCCACAACAUGCUUAAACUUGCAACUGGUUAUUUUACUUUUUGAAGAAGGCACUCGUUAUUCACAAUGCUAGUGGUAUGUGCAGCAACAGCCAAUGUUUGCAAAGUGUGGAUCCUUCAAUACAGUACCUACAUGGAUUGCAUAAAUACCUUGUGCAAUACAAUAAAAACCCCUUUAAAUUGC